UCGUGAACGAAAGCGUGAAGCACGCGAGAAGCUGCACGAGGCACACCAGAAAUAGGGGGCCUCAACUCUAAACAGUAAUAGCUCCUCUCGUUGCCCUGACGACGGAUUCAGCCACUUCUUUGACCCGUGCUCAUUCCCUCACUCUGGCUGGAUAGCAUCUCUCCUCGGCUUGCACUCUCCUAGUCUUGUCCUUGAGGGGGGCACCAGCAUGAGCCAGGAAGGACUGGAGUCUGAUGGAGACUGUGCUCAGGACUCGGCUGACUUUAUCUGGGAUGACUAUCUGGAGGAGACUGGAUCUGUGUCUGUGCCUCAUCACGCCUUCAAACAUGUGGACCAGGGCCUGCAGACGGGACUUACGCCUGGGAUGAAGCUGGAGGUCUGUGUGCGCUCAGAGGUCGACAGCCCUUAUUGGGUGGCCACUAUCAUCACCACAUGUGGCCAGCUGCUGCUGCUGCGCUACGAAGGAUGCCAGGAUGACCGUCGCUCCGACUUCUGGUGUGACAUCAUGACGGCGGACCUCCACCCUUUGGGCUGGAGCCGGCAUCACGGCAAGACCAUGAGGGCCCCAGAGGGGGUACGUGAGAAGAAUGAAGACUGGGAAGCUCUGCUGGAAAAGGCCUUGGCUGAGGGGUGCAGCGCGCCUGCCAGCCUUCUGGAACUGCCCCAGCGUGGCAGAGACCCUGUGGAGCUUCUGUGCGCGGGUUGUUAUGUGGAGCUCCAGGACAACGUUGACCCGGGGCUGGCCUGGGCCGCAGAGGUGGAGGAGAAUGUUGGAGGGAGGCUCAAGCUGCGCCUCGUCGGCACAGAGGGCCUUCCAGACACACCAGCAACCCUCUGGCUCUUUUAUCUCCACCCACGCCUUCACCCACCAGGCUGGGCCCAAGAGCACGGCUACACACUUAAACCUCCUUCAGAUCUGUUAGCUCUGCGGACGGAUGAGGAGUGGGAGGAAGUGAGGCAGAGGAUCUGUGACCUUCCUCAGGAUGAAGCUUUGGUGGCAGAGUUAAGUAAGGAACAACCCAUCAUCGCUGCUCAUUGUUUUAAGGAAGGGAUGAAACUAGAGGCUGUUGACCCCACUGCACCUAUUUCCAUCAGGCCUGCUACUGUCACCAAGGUAUACAACGAUAAAUACUUCUUGGUGACAAUGGAUGACCUUUGUGGUAUUGAGGAGUCGGAGGGUUCAAGUCGGUCAUUCCUGUGUCACAGAGACAGUCCUGGGAUCUUCCCCACUCAGUGGAGUCUCAAAAAUGGACUUCCCCUCAGCCCCCCACCAGGAUACCAGGGUCCAGAUUUUGACUGGGCUGAUUACCUGAAGCAGUGCGAGGCCGAGGCUGUUCCUCAACAUUGCUUUCCAACUGAGCAAAGUGAACACAGCUUCAAAGAGGCCAUGAAACUAGAGGCUGUCAACCUGCUGUCACCUGAGAACAUUCAUGUUGCAACAGUCACCAGGGUCAAAGGGCAAUACAUUUGGCUAAGUCUGGAAGGUCUGAAGCAGCCGAUGCCAGAGCUGAUAGUUCACGUGGAUUCCCUCGAUAUCUUUCCUGUCAGCUGGUGUGAGACAAACGGCUACCCACUGGUGUACCCCAUCAAGCCUUCAGUUGAGAAGGAAAGAAAAGUUGCUGUUGUGCAGCCAGAGAAACACAGAACUCCUCCCAAGUCUUCAUCACCAGAUGCUGUCAAGCAGCAGAUGGCAAACCAGUCCGAGACAGGGCAGGGAAAUGGGAAAUAUUGCUGCCCCAAGAUCUACUUCAACCACCGGUGCUUCUCAGGCCCUUAUCUGAACAAGGGACGCAUUGCUGAGCUGCCUCAAUUCAUCGGCCCUGGAAACUGUGUUCUUGUUCUCAAGGAGGUGUUGACUCUACUAAUAAACUCGGCAUACAAGCCGAGCCGCGUGCUGAGAGAACUGCAGCUGGAUCAGGAGAGCCGCUGGCAAGGCCAUGGAGAAACACUCAAAGCAAAAUACAAGGGAAAGAGUUACAGAGCAACAGUGGAAAUUGUCCGGACUGCAGAUCGAGUGGCAGACUUCUGCAGGAAAACCUGCAUAAAACUGGAGUGCUGCCCAAAUCUGUUUGGACCUCGCAUGGUGCUGGAGCACUGUUCGGAGAACUGCUCUGUCCUUACCAAGACCAAAUACACUUAUUACUAUGGAAAGAAAAAAUGUAAACGUGUUGGGCGUCCACCUGGGGGCCACACCAAUUUGGAGGCUGGCGUAAAGAGGAAAGGGCGUAGGAAAAAGAGGAGAAAACAGCUCUUCGUCCAUAAGAAGAGACGUUCUUCAGCCUCUGUAGACAAUACGCCUGCGGGAUCUCCACUGGGCAGUGGAGAAGAGGAAGAUUUGGAUGAAGACGACUCCCUGAGUGAUGAUUCUGGCUCUGAGAUGCAGGAUGAUCUUCAGGAUGACUCUGAGCAGUCAGCUGGAAAGUCUCAACCAACCACACCUUCUCCCUCACCACCAGCAACGCCCAGGCCUUCACGCAGACGCCGGAAACCUUGUUCGCCCUCGUUCUCUGAUGAUGAGAAUCACCCUCCUUCACCGAAGACGUCAAAACUUGAGCCUCCUCAGAAACUGUGUUUGGACACCAGCCCACUGGAGUGGAGUGUUGCUGAUGUGGUCCGCUUUAUCAGGACCACAGACUGCGCACCUCUGGCAAAGAUUUUCUUGGAUCAGGAGAUUGAUGGACAAGCACUGCUGCUGUUGAAUCUCCCAACAGUCCAGGAAUGCAUGGACCUGAAGCUGGGACCAGCCAUAAAGCUGUGCCACCACAUUGAGAGGGUCAAACUGGCAUUUUAUCAGCAGUUUGCUACAUAGUUGAUGGGGAAUAACAUAGGGCAUGGCAACAUCCUGUUCUGUGUAUUACCCAUAUAAAAAGAGAAACAUAUACUCCAACUGUGA